GGGGUGCAGAGAAAUUAGAAUAGAACGCGACCUUUGUGUUUCUAUUUUCUCUCACUAAAAUCUCAUCGUGGCUGGCUUUCUCUCUCUAAAAAUCGAUCGCCACCGCAGCUCUGCUAAUUUAGUCGCCCAGCUCAUAUAGUUCGUCGAUACUUUACACAGAGAAAGAGAGAAAGAGAGAUCGACGACGUUUUCUUUUCCUCUCUGCUUUUGUUUUUUGGUGUUGAAGUUUCGUCGCCAUGGGUCAAGCUUUUCGCAAGCUCUUCGAUGCCUUCUUCGGCAAUACUGAGAUGCGAGUUGUAAUGCUUGGACUAGAUGCGGCUGGUAAAACAACCAUCCUUUACAAACUGCACAUUGGAGAAGUCUUGUCAACUGUUCCUACAAUAGGUUUUAAUGUGGAAAAAGUUCAGUACAAGAAUGUGAUGUUCACAGUUUGGGAUGUUGGUGGGCAGGAGAAACUAAGGCCGCUAUGGAGGCAUUACUUUAAUAAUACGGAUGGACUGAUUUAUGUUGUUGACUCCUUGGACAGAGAGAGAAUUGGACGAGCCAAGGAAGAAUUUCAGGCCAUUAUCAGUGAUCCGUUUAUGCUCAACAGUGUCAUCUUGGUGUUUGCGAAUAAACAAGAUAUGAAAGGAGCUAUGUCCCCAAUGGAAGUUUGUGAAGGGCUAGGUCUGUUUGAUCUCAAGAACAGAAAAUGGCACAUACAGGGGACCUGUGCUCUUCGAGGUGAUGGCCUUUAUGAGGGAUUGGACUGGCUAGCUAACACCCUCAAGGAGAUGAGAGCAGCUGGAUACUCUUCAGUGGGCACCUCAUCAUUCUAAUAGUUGAGGUUUAUCCGGAAUUUUUGGGACUGUUCAAUCGAUGAGAGCUGGCCAGUUGCGCGUCCAAAGCUCCUGAACUGUAAUCAACUCUAAUCAGGGUUCUUCGUUUCUCUUAAAUACAAACAGAUUUUAUUAGGUGCUUAAUCGUAGCCCUGGUGCUCGGUGCUCGGACUUGUAACUAAAUCCAUUGUAUAUUGUGCCAUUGGUCAAUAUUCUCUCUAGCAUUUGUGUAUGAUUUUAAUAUUCUCUUCCUGAUAUUACAGUAAUGUAGAGGAUUGAUAACACAAAAUUAAAAUAUAUAGUAAUAAGUCGAGAUUAUUGUGAACAU